GAAAGAAAAGAGAGAGAGAAAGGAGAAAUCAUGCAGCAGCCGCCGCAUUGGUAAUGGUUUUCAGAAAAGAGCCGCUAUACUAUUCUUCAAUCUUCAAUCUUCAAUCUUCAAUAUUGAUAUUGAUUUGAUUUGAUGGAAUCAUAUCAUAGUUUCAUCCUCUCCCUCUUCCCUCAACGCAAACCAAAGGACAGGACAGGUGGGUGAUACUCAUAACUCAUAACUCUCUCUAUUUUCCCUUCUCUCUCUCUCAACUCUCAUCCGAGAAAAAAAAAAAACUCCCCCAAAACGCGACUCUCUCUCCAUCUCCAUCUCCCAAAGCUCAAUCCAUGGAUUCCAUCAUUCCCGCUCAAUUUCCCGCUCUUUAUCGGUCCCUAUAUGCUCGGUUUUCGCGGUAAUGUGGUGGAAUCACUGCCUGCUUGUUAUUCCAUAUGGCUUCCGAUUCUUCGUCUGAAGGAGCUGCUCUUGAUCCAUCAAAAUGCAGUAAGAUGAGUAUGGAGGAGAAAAGAAAUUUGGUCUAUGAAAUAUCAGAUCAGCCACAAGCUUCUGAACUGCUACAAUCAUGGAGUCGUCAUGAGAUUUUAGAGAUUCUAUGUGCAGAGAUGGGAAAAGAGCGGAAAUAUACUGGAUUAACGAAACUGAAAAUAGUAGAGAACCUCCUGAAAAUUGUCAGUGAAAAGAAAUCAGAGUUAACUGAGGUUGUGACAGAUCACCUUGACAGUCAGUCUUCUCCCUGUCUUUCUCCAAAGAUUACUAAAAGGCAAAGAAAAAUUGAUCAGCCAUCACGACUACCUGUUUGUGCAAGCAAUAUUCCAAUCAGUAACACUAGGAGUGACUCAAAUAUUGCAGUGUACUGCAGAAAUUCGGCUUGCAAAGCUACCCUAAAUCAAAAUGAUAAAUUUUGCAAGAGGUGUUCAUGCUGCAUCUGUCAUCAGUAUGAUGAUAAUAAGGAUCCUAGUCUAUGGUUAAGUUGCAGCUCUGAUCCACCAUUUCAAGGCACUUCAUGUGGUAUGUCAUGCCACCUUGAAUGUGCAUUGAAGCAUGCAAAAUCUGGAAUUUCUAAAGGACAGCGGGCUGGCAUUGAAGGGACUUUUUAUUGUGUCUCUUGUGGAAAAGUCAAUGACUUGCUCGGGUGCUGGAAAAAACAAUUGACGAAAGCCAAGGAUACCAGAAGGGUGGAUAUACUAUGUUACCGCAUCUCUUUAAGCAAAAAGGUUUUGAGUGACAGUGAAAAGUAUCGAGAUGUGUAUCAGAUUGUGGACGAGGCUGUGAAGAAACUUGAAGCUGAAGUGGGUCCUUUAACUGGUGUCCCGGUUGGGAUGGGCAGGGGCAUAGUGAACAGGCUUUCUUCAGGACCGGAGGUUCAGAAACUUUGCUCUUUAGCCAUCGAUACACUGGACUCGUUGCUCUCCAAGAAGAUCUUGCACCAAUUGCACAAUUCCAUGACACAAGAUACAGAUUUGGCAGCUACAAACUUCGUAAGGUUCGAAGAUAUUGAUGCAACAUAUCUUACAGUGGUUUUGGGUACUGAAGAUGUUUCUUCUGGAAAAACUGUUGGUUACAGGUUAUGGCAUCGAAAGACAUGCGAUACAGAUUACCCCAUAGAGCCAACUUGCAUCUUGUCUCGACCCAAUUUAACGUUUGUCGUCCAUGGACUAACCCCAUCUUCAGAAUAUUAUUUCAAAGCCAUUUCCUUUGAUGAGACAGGAGAUUUGGGGAUGUGUGAAGUUCAGGUCUCAACUGCUAGUGCCCGGGCGGAUGACCCAGGCUGCUUGGUGAUUGAAAGAAGUCAGAGUCCGGUGACCAACUUUAGUGAACUCUCUAAUCCUUCCUCAGUAGAAGAUGAAACUAACAAUGUCAUGCCUUAUAGCGAUCAGACCGAUAGUCGAACAGAGAACUAUCUUUCUUAUUGCAAGGAUUCUAACAAGAUCAUUGCUGCUAACCUGUCUAAGGAUGCAAUAAACUGCACAAACACGGGUGGAAGGGGACCAGCAACAGAUUCCGUUUCUUUGUUGGACGAGGAACACAUUACAAAGAAAAGUGGGAUGCUGUCUGAUGCCAUCGUUACAAAACUUGAAGACAAGCAUUCCUCUGAGGUCCAUAUUAUUGAAGAUAGAAGCAUGAAUAACGGGUCAAAUUCUACCGUUCAAGACGGCUCUAAAAGCACGCCGUUUCCUGGUAGCUCUGAGGCUGGAUUGCCAGUUACUCCUUGCAAGAUGGAAAUAAUCAAGGAUGUUCUUGGAAGGAGUGGGCGAUCCAAGUGUAGCGCCAAGGAUCGAGAAAAUGGGUCCGGAGGAGAGGAUCCUCGACAUGGCAGCACAUCUAAGAAGAGAAGUACAGAAAGGCAAGACGUCGAUUGUACGACAAACGGAAUCUCAGAUAAGGAUUUUGAGUAUUAUGUAAAAUUGAUUAGAUGGCUAGAAUGUGAGGGACACAUAGAGAAGAACUUCAGGCAAAAAUUCUUAACCUGGUACAGCUUGAGAGCCACAGCACAGGAAGUUAGGAUUGUGAAGGCCUUUGUCGAUAACUUCAUUGAAGACCCAUCAGCUCUUGCAGAGCAACUUGUUGAUACCUUUUCAGAAUGCAUUUCAAGCAAGAAAAUAUGUGCUGUGCCUACUGGAUUCUGCAUGAAGCUUUGGCACUGAUCACCUCAAAAAGCAACAAAUUUAACAAGUUAUAAAUUGGAAUUUUAUCGGUCGUAGGCAUUCUUUAGAUACCUUCUCUUUAUUCCUCCAUUUAAACUGUCAUCAAUUGAGUCGGGCGUCAUCUGAGCUGUAUCUAGCAUUCUUAUGAUGAUAACAUGUCAUCCACAUUCGCCAUUUUUAACAUUUCAAACACAUAUGUAGACGAGUACGAUUUAACAUUCUUACUCACUCAUUUAUCCCAUUUAGCAAUCAAUUUAUGAAACUUGUUUC